AUGUCGUCAAGCAAUAGCUUCAUCCUCCAGCACAGGAGCUGUGGUGCGCGUCGUUCUUGCGGUUCUCCUCUGCUUGGUGUUGGUGAGCUUUCACUAUCACCACGAAGAUUGCGGCGGGCAGGAGAUGUGGACGGUCGCAAUGAUUGCGAGCUCGCCCCGGCAGAUGAUGUUGGCAUGCCACGGCGCAGAUUGUCUGAGUGGUCAGCCAAAAUGCAGAGCAGCAGUGGCGUCAGAGAAGCUCUUUCUCACAGCCCUGCGCCCCGAUUUCUUCGAGAACGCCAAGGUGUGAGGCGCAGCCUCACCGCAACAAGGAUACCCGAAGGGGUGCUCAGCGGCUGCGGAGAGCGCCAGGCACCUCCACGGCGCUUGCUGCAGGUACGCGGAGACAGUAAGGAGUUUGCGGAAAGAGGGAGAUCUUCAAGCGGCAUUCCCUGGCGCGUGCUCCCACUUUACGACUGUCAUGGCAUUUUGCUCCAGACUGGGAGCCUGCUGGAACCGCAGCAAGCGCUACGAGCCCCGACUGUCUUCUCCGAAGCCUUGCGCAGCAGUGAGGUUGUCAAGGACCUUCUCUUCGGAGACACUUCUCUUGGCCACGCAGCGUCCUCUCCGCGGCAGCGAACGCCACGGACAAGCUGGUGGAGCCCGCAGAGCCCGCAGAGCCAGCAGCGCUGGCAGGGCUCGGCUUCCCGACGGAAUGCAGACUGCCACAGAGAACUUGCCCCAGUCAGGGCCAGCGACCAUGCAAUGGAAGCUGAAAGGUCUCGUUGUCUUGCCAAGUUGGAUCGGCUCUGCGCGCAAACGCCUCGUGUGGGGCGAGCAGGAACUCGGGCAGCUGACUCCUCUGCUUGUGGCCACGAUCCCAAAGUUGAAGAGUCAACCAGCAGAACGGCCAGAAGUGGUGCGCCACCAUCUUCUUGUGCUGGAGAAAUGUCUCCUCGCCACACGGCCUCAUCGGCGGAGGAGUCUCUUCGAUGCACUAAGCCACAAAGCCAGUCACGACGCACUUACAGCUUCGAGGCAGAAAUGGCAAAGAUUUCUGUGGCAGCAGGGCGCAUCACUUCUUCGUCUGCACACUCUCCGCGGCCUUCUUCUGCCAGGCCAGCCUGUCGCUCCAGCUUUUCCAUCACGGCGAAGGAGAAGGCCCUGGAGGACUCCAGGAGAAGAAGUCCUCCGCGUAAGAAGCAGCUCCAGGCCGCCUGUCUUCAGAGUCCCAGCGAAGAGCUGAAGCACUACGACUUGCACAAACCUCUUGGUGCGAAUGCCUCUACGGCACAGGUGGGCAAGGUGGUGGAGUUGAUUGACAAAAUCAUCGGUCAUGACAGAGGACAGCCAUUGUCACAGCCGGAGUCAGAAGGGCGUCUUUCACCGACACCGGAACAGGCUCAGGUUUCACCAAGAAGUGUCGACAAGGUGAUACACAUGAUCGACAGUCUGAAGAAGGAGAACUGUAGGCCAAGACAGGAAAUGCUGCUGCAGAAGGCUGCCGGCGCUGUUAGCCACGAGCCAGAGCCGGAAGUGGACACUGCCUCGCCUAGCCAGCACGCGUCGCCCUAUCCACGCCUACUCGCUUCUGCUGUCGGUAGGGACAAGGCUGAUGUUCCGGCUCCGAGAAGUGCAAUGGUGCACAAGGAGCAGGCAGUGCAGAAGGGAAAGGUUGAAAAGCAGCAGAAGGCCAUAGACAAGGUGUCACGCGCAAGGAAAAUGGCUGGCCAAGUGCGAAGUCAGAAGGAGAAGUUCACUGCAGUGCUGCAGUCUUGA